CACAACCAGUCGGCCCUUCUUUCCGUGGUCAACCUCCCAUCGUUUAUUUUACAAUCUUUGGUCGUUUUCUCUCGGAGUCUCUCGUUGCACUCCUAACACCUUCGAGUCUCAGCCCAGGCAUCCGAGGCAUCCGCGCAACUGCGUCAGAUCGACUUACGUCACCCCACUCUCGCUGCUUAUCCAACAGCGGAUAACUCCCCGACUGCCCAGAGAAUUUGCAGUAGAGGGACGACCGCACAACCGACGCAAUGGCGAGCUUUGGGCGAUUCGUGUGCGUGCUGGUACCGUUCCUGCUGACGCUGGCAUCGUUGAUUGCCUUGCUGGUAGCAGGUUUGGCGGGCAUCGCCGACAAGAGCCUCUACAUGUUCCGCCUGAACCUGACGGACCUCUCGCUGUCGCCGCAGUCGGUCAGCAGCAUCCUCGACGGGUCCGGCGUCAACGUGCCGGAUCUGAAGGAUGUCGACCUCCCGAACGUCGACUUUCCCAACUUCCAAUCCGGCAAGCGCCAGGUAUCAUCGAGUGGCAACCUCACGGCGGCCGACCUCGGCUUGUACGACGUCUACGAUGUGAACGUGUGGAACUACUGCUACACCACGCGCAACGGGACUCGCGACUGCACCAAGGGUUCCUUUGACUGGGCAUCCACGGCGCUCAAUUCGUCGACCAACGACUUCAACAACAUGCUGACGGCGACCGGACUGAACGUGACGCUGCCCAAGGAGAUCACGGGAGCCGUCAAGACCUUCGGCAAAGUCUCCAAGUGGACCCAGGUCGUCUUUAUUAUCGCCUACGUGGCGCUGGCCCUCGAGCUCCUCUUUGGCCUCUUCGCCAACUGCAGCCGCGCCUUCUCGUGCGUCACCUGGUUGAUCGCCGCGGUCGCGAUCGUCGCCGCGGGCGCCGCCGCCGGCCUGGCCACUGCGACCGCCACCGUCGUCGUCGGCGCCGUCAAGGCAUCCCCGGACCUGUACGGGCUCGAGGCCCACCUCAACAACCGGUUUCUCGCGGCCAUCUGGCUCGGCGUGGCCCUCGCGCUGGCGGCCGGCCUCUUCUGGAUGUUCACCAUCUGCUGCUGCAAGCCCGACCACUCGUCCAGCCGCGGCUACGGCGCGUCGGAGAAGUUUAUUCCCCGCAGCCCCGGCUACCAGCGCCUCAGCGAGCCUGGCGGCUACCCGAGCAACUAUGCCCGGCCGUACGUUGGCGCGUCAUCACAGCGUGCUGAUGCAUACGAGCCGUACUCGCACGCUCGAGUCUAGAGAAAUUCGACGAAAAAGGAAUAAAAAAAUGGCGGCUGUGGCGAACAGGCCCUGGGACUUGGGCAGGUAGGGAGCAGCUGUCCCGUACGGCCUUGGUGGAUCUGUCUAUUGUUGAAUGUUACCUCUCUCUCGCCGCUGUCUUGAGCUGCAUCAAUUUGGCGUUUUGGGUGGUUCUUCUUCUUCUUAUUUUUUUUUUUUUCUCUUGGAAGGAAUCGGGACUUUUUUGUGGGUGGAGGACUCAAGGUGGCUGGCAGCUUAGACGCCUCAUGGAUGAUAUUCUCGCUACGAUACCCUAAAUUGGGGGUCAUGAUGAAUGGAAUUUAUGACUACGGUUCUCAAGC